GUCAGAACUCAAUUAGCUUGUUUCCUCUGUGAACGAUAAGUUUGUAUUUAUUUCUUCAUAUUUCCUAGCAUUAUGUCAUCGUCAAAAGUUCAAUAUCCAUUCUGGUAUGGUGGUGCAUCAAGUAUGGCUGCAUGUAUGGUAACUCAUCCUCUAGACUUGGCAAAGGUUCGAUUACAAACUGCUUCUGAACGUGGUCAAGGAUUAGUCAGUAUGAUUUACCAAAUAAUAACCAAAGAAGGACCAACAAAAAUUUAUUCUGGAUUAACUGCUUCAUUGUUAAGACAAGCCACUUACUCAACUGCAAGAUUUGGGAUCUAUGAAUGGUUAAAAGACCAAUAUAUUGAAAGUACCAAUAAUACCAAACCUGGAACUAUGAUUUUAUUACCAAUGUCAAUGCUUGCUGGUGGUUUAGGUGGUUUGAUUGGUAAUCCAGCUGAUGUUGUUAACAUUAGAAUGCAAAAUGAUAACACAUUACCCGUGGAACAAAGAAGAAACUACCGUAAUGCAUUUGACGGUCUUUAUAAGAUUUGUCGUGAUGAAAGCCCAGCUUCAUUGUUUAGAGGGUUAAUGCCAAAUUUAGUUAGAGGUGUAUUAAUGACCGCAUCCCAAGUUGCAACCUAUGAUAUUGCCAAAACUUUCUUGGUUGACCAAUUAAAUCUUGAUCCAACCAAGAAAACAACUCAUUUUGGUGCUUCUUUAAUUGCCGGAUUGGUUGCAACCACUGUAUGUUCUCCUGCCGAUGUUGUGAAGACCAGAAUCAUGAACAGUAAAGGGUCCGGUGGAAGUGCUGUUACUAUUUUAACCACUGCCGUCAAAAAUGAAGGUGUUGGUUUCAUGUUCAGAGGUUGGUUACCUUCGUUCAUUAGAUUGGGACCUCACACGAUUGUUACCUUCCUUGUGUUGGAACAAUUGAGAAAAUACAGAGUUGGGAUGUAAUAAUUAUCACUAGUGUAAUUUUUUUCUUUCUUCAAUUAUAUAGAGGUUUUAAUAUGGAUAUUUAUUAAGCAUUAC